AUGAAUUCUAUGGACAGGCACAUACAGCAGACCAAUGACCGGCUGCAGUGCAUAAAACAGCACUUACAGAACCCAGCAAACUUCCAUAAUGCAGCAACAGAGCUCCUGGACUGGUGUGGAGACCCCAGAGCCUUCCAGAGACCAUUUGAGCAGAGCCUGAUGGGUUGUUUGACGGUGGUUAGUCGAGUGGCAGCUCAGCAAGGAUUUGACUUGGAUCUUGGAUACAGGCUACUGGCAGUAUGUGCAGCCAACAGGGACAAAUUCACUCCAAAAUCAGCUGCACUGCUUUCCUCGUGGUGUGAGGAGCUGGGACGGCUCUUGCUGCUUCGCCACCAGAAAAGCCGGCAGAACGAUCCUCCCGGGAAGCUCCCCAUGCAACCCCCCAUGAACUCUAUGAGCUCCAUGAAACCCACCCUCUCUCACAGUGAUGGGUCUUUCCCUUAUGAUUCUGUUCCCUGGCAACAAAAUACCAACCAGCCUCCAGGCUCUUUAUCAGUGGUCACCACAGUAUGGGGUGUGACUAACACCUCUCAAAGCCAGGUGCUGGGAAAUCCAAUGGCAAAUGCUAACAACCCUAUGAACCCAGCAGGAAAUCCCAUGGCUUCUGGGAUGACAACUAGCAACCCUGGAAUCAAUUCCCCUCAGUUUGCUGGACAGCAGCAACAAUUUUCAGCCAAGGCAGGCUCCACUCAGCCAUACAUACAGCAGGGCAUGUAUGGGCGACCCAAUUAUCCUGGAAGUGGAGGUUUUGGUGGCAGUUAUCCUGGAGGCCCAAAUACCCCUGCAGGAAUGGGGAUUCCCCCCCACACCAGGCCACCAGCUGAUUUCACCCAGCCAGCUGCAGCUGCUGCUGCUGCUGCAGUUGCAGCUGCAGCUGCUACAGCAACAGCUACAGCUACAGCCACUGUGGCAGCCCUUCAGGAAACACAGAAUAAGGACAUGAACCAGUAUGGACCGAUGGGUCCAACUCAGGCUUACAACAACCAGUUUAUGAACCAGCCUGGUCCUCGUGGUCCUGCUUCUAUGCCAGGCAACAUGAACCCAGCAAGCAUGGGAGCUGGAAUGACACCUUCCAGCAUGAGCGGGCCACCCAUGGGCAUGAACCAGCCCCGGCCUCCUGGCAUGAGCCCCUUCAGCACCCACGGGCAGAGGAUGCCUCAGCAGGCCUAUCCAGGCCCACGCCCCCAGUCUUUGCCUAUACAGGGCAUAAAGAGACCCUACCCAGGAGAGCCGAAUUAUGGAAACCAGCAGUAUGGACCAAAUAGCCAGUUUCCAAACCAGCCUGGUCAGUACCCCACUCCCAACCCUCCAAGACCCCUUACAUCUCCCAACUAUCCUGGACAGAGGAUGCCAAGCCAGCAAAACACAGGGCAGUACCCUCCUCCAACAGUCAACAUGGGGCAGUAUUACAAGGCUUCUGUGCACUGGGGCUAUUUUGGGAGGAAGGCAGAGAGAUACAAAGUGGGCUGUGGUGCAGUGGAAAAACCGAAGCAAAUGGCUGGUUGGUUUUGGAAAGAGAGCAUUCAGAGCAACACACCAUCAAGGCCUGUACCUGUGGCAAAUUACCCUCAUUCACCUGUUCCAGGAAACCCCACGCCACCCAUGACACCAGGGAGCAAUAUUCCUCCAUACCUGUCACCUAACCAGGAUGUCAAACCACCAUUCCCACCUGACAUUAAACCAAAUAUCAAUGCUUUACCACCACCUCCAACCAACCACAACGAUGAGCUGCGCCUGACGUUCCCUGUGAGGGACGGGGUUGUCCUGGAGCCCUUCCGGCUGGAGCACAACCUGGCAGUCAGCAACCACGUCUUUCACCUACGGCCAACUGUGCACCAGACACUCAUGUGGAGGUCUGACUUGGAAUUGCAGUUUAAGUGCUAUCACCAUGAAGACAGACAAAUGAACACAAACUGGCCAGCUUCAGUCCAGGUCAGCGUUAAUGCAACCCCACUUACCAUCGAACGUGGUGACAACAAGACAUCUCAUAAACCUCUGCACCUAAAGCACGUCUGCCAGCCGGGGAGAAACACGAUUCAGAUUACAGUCACAGCAUGUUGUUGUUCACACUUGUUCGUGUUGCAGUUGGUGCACCGGCCAUCGGUUCGCUCAGUACUUCAAGGUCUACUAAAGAAACGCCUCCUCCCAGCAGAACAUUGUAUCACUAAGAUCAAGAGGAACUUCAGCAGCGUAGCAGCUUCCUCUGGCAAUGCAACACUAAAUGGGGAAGAUGGAGUAGAGCAGACUGCUAUUAAAGUGUCUCUGAAGUGUCCGAUCACAUUCCGGCGCAUCCAGCUCCCGGCGAGGGGCCACGACUGCAAGCAUGUACAAUGCUUUGAUCUGGAAUCUUACUUGCAACUGAACUGUGAAAGAGGAACUUGGCGGUGUCCAGUAUGCAAUAAAACUGCUCUCUUGGAGGGCUUGGAGGUUGACCAGUAUAUGUGGGGUAUUCUGAACGCCAUACAAAACUCCGAGUUUGAAGAAGUUACCAUAGAUCCAACUUGCAGUUGGAGGCCAGUCCCUAUAAAGUCAGAUAUUCACAUCAAAGAUGACCCAGAUGGCAUUCCCUCAAAAAGAUUUAAGACCAUGAGUCCAAGCCAGAUGAUCAUGCCAAAUGUAAUGGAGAUGAUUGCAGCUUUGGGUCCUGGCCCGUCACCUUACCCAUCUCUACCCCCUCCUCCAGGAGGCAACAACUCCACUGAGUAUGGUAACCAAGGCAACAGUUACCAAGGUCAUGGCAAUUUUGACUUCCCGCAUGGGAAUCCCGGUGGCACAUCUAUGAAUGACUUCAUGCAUGGGCCACAGCUGUCACAUCCCCCAGACAUGCCGAGCAGCAUGGCAGCUCUCGACAAACCUCUCAGUCACCCCAUGCAGGAAUCUAUCCCUCAUCCCGGCAGCACUGAUCAGUCCCAUACUUCCAUGCAGCAAGGUUUGCACGUCCCUCACCCCAGCAGCCAGUCAGGGCAGCCAUUACAUCACAGCGGGCCUCCUACCCAGCAGUCCCGGCAGCCACCCCCGGCCGCUUCUAGCAACCAUCCACACAGUGACCUGACCUUUAACCCCUCCUCAGCCUUAGAGGGUCAGGCUGGUGGACAGGGAGCACCCGACAUGCCGGAGCCCUCGCUGGAUCUACUCCCAGAACUCACAAAUCCAGAUGAGCUGCUUUCAUACCUGGAUCCUCCUGAUUUGCCAAGCAAUAGCAAUGAUGACCUUCUGUCUCUCUUUGAAAACAACUGAAACCAUAUGUAUUAUCCCAUCCUUUUCACUUGUUCACACGUGUGUGGCUGCACAGCGAGGAAUCUUGACACUCCUUUUCCACAAGAGAAGAAAAAAAAAACCUCACAACUUGAUCCAAUGGUGCACUCCCUGCUUUCUUCAUCUCAGAACUGCUUUUGUUAGCUUCAAAGACUGCGAAAGUGACGGGAGAAAAUAAUACAAAAGUUAAAUACAUGCAGUAAUCUCCGAGUCUGCCAUGCUACAUGUGACAAAGAAGCAUAGACAGUUGUGCAGCUAUUGGAAACCCCAUUUGGUGUUCAUCCUCUAGAGAGAGAGUUCUGUGAUAAACAUAAUGUGAAGUAUCUUGGCAAAACCGAAUCUUGGCAAGGGAAGAAAAAUCAACAGAAUGGAACUGUCUUUAAUUGACCCGUCUCAGAGUGUCUUUACAAUGCUUGUUCUUCCACAUUUUUGAAACUGUAUCUCCCUCUACCCCACCUCUCCUCUGCCCCCCUCCAGCCAUGGGUUUGCCUUGGAAUUAUUGUCCUGGCCACACACACAGUGAAAAAAAAAAAAAAAAAAAAACACCUACAAAGUUGAA